AUGCUAGAAUCUCCACUCCUGGUGGCAUUAUCCACACUGCCACCGCUAGGAACAAUAAGCCUGGCAGUUGGUGUCAUGCUUAUGGGAUAUGUAUCCUACAUGAUAUACUUCCAUCCCCUUUCUCGAUACCCCGGUCCCCAAAUAGCUUCUCUGACGAAUCUUUGGAAGGCUUACUAUGUGUACAAGCUUGUUCUGCAUGAGAAAUUGAUCGAAUUACACCAGCAGUAUGGCCCAGUGGUUCGAGUCGGCCCUAACCAUCUUCAUUUCUGGGACGGUGAAGCCAUUGCUCCAAUCUACAAAGGAGGCAGGAAAAUGGGGAAGACGGAGUUCUAUAAUGCCUUCACUGCUUUUAAUCCUAAUCUAUUUGGAGGAAGGGAUGAAGACAUCCAUUCACUUCGUCGACGACAACUAGCCCAUGGAUUCUCCCAAGUAUCAGUCGAGAACUUCGAGCCUCUGAUCAAUGGACAUAUUGAAAUCCUUGUCAACAAGCUCAAAGGAUUCGCGAAAUCAGGAGAAAUUUUCGAUUUCAAGUCCACAAUCUCGUACUUCGUACUUGAUAUUCUAGGCGAAGUAGCCUUUAGUCGACCAUUCAACGCCCAAGCCAGAGGAGAGGCAGAUGAGCUACACGCGAUCAAUGAUCACCUUCUCUUGUCAUGCGUCAUUGGCGAACUUCCUCUCCAGAAUCUCACAAAGCUUCUAGCACGAUAUUCACCCAUUCGGUGGAUGCGAAGACUUGUGAAGAGCAGAAACAAUCUCAAAGCAAAGUGUGCCGAGUGUGUCAGAAACAAAAUCAACAACGCAUCCGGCCGUCGAGAUCUACUUCAGAGCCUUGUGACAGCAAAAGAUGUUGAGACCGGUGCUGGUCUAACAGAGCAAGAAAUGAAUUCAGAGGCAUUUGCUAUGCUCGUGGCGGGUUCUCAUUCAACAUCUGGGACAUUGACACUACUCUUAUGGCAUCUUGUCCAUAAUCCGGAGAUUUGUGCUGCGGUCGCUGCCGAGAUCUCAAGUAUUCUUCAACCACUGCAAAAUGAGGACAUCGCCUAUCCCAUUCGGGGACUAGAGGCAUCUCUACCGUACACCAUGGCAUGCGUGAGAGAGAAUUUCCGCAUGAACCCGGUGUUCACCAUGCCAUUAUGGCGAUGUGUUGGGUCACCAGGCGGAACGAAAAUUGGAGAAUUCGACGUCCCAUACGGUACGAGUGUCUGCAUCUCAAACUAUGUUCUUCAUCAUAAUCCUGAAAUCUGGGGUGAAGACCAUGCGGUGUUUCGACCUGACCGGUGGUUGGGCAAAGAUGAGCCCAACCGGAGUCGUUUCCUGAUCCCGUUCAGUAUUGGACAUCGCAUGUGCAUUGGUCGGAAUCUUGCCAUGACCAAUAUAUUGAAGACUGUCACUACCUUGAUCAGUCAGUUUGAGUUCCACCCAAUCUCUGCGGAUGAGCAAGUCUGGGUGCGCAGUUCGGGGAUUGGGGAGAUGGAGGGAUCGUUUGAAUGCAGAGUAUCGCUGAAACGAUGA